AGUAACCCUGGUUGUCAUCUGUGCCGUAUGCCUCACUAUUUCCAUAUCUAACUUCCGCUUCAACUCUCCUCCUCCUCAUCCUCCUCCUCUUGCCGUUCCAUCUAAGCAUCCAUGAUCUUCUGGCAUUCCUCGAGCUUUUUUGUAAUCGUGUCACCCAGCUUGAUGAUCUCGUCACAGUCAUCCUUGAUUGUCUCCCAGUCUUCGUCUUUCGGCUCACCGCUGUUCAGACCCUUCACGUAUUCCGAGUCGCGAAUCGUUUCCCACUUGGUCGUGUACUCCGACAUUUCGCUAUCGCGCUCGUUCAUCAGGUCUUUUACUCGCUGCUGUGUCUCGGGGUUCGUUAGCGCUUGGAGAUUGUCGAUGGUCUUCUGGACGAGGUCGCGCAGGUCUUCUGAGUUUUGGCGGAUGUCGUCGAUUUUCUCCUCCGGAGUCUUGUCGGAGGCGCCCAUUUUGGAUGUUGUAGAGUCUUUUGAGAAGAGAAGUAAAGUAUAGGCGGUUAGGCGAAGUGUAGUCGAUGCGUUAUAAUGAAGAUAGUUCAGUGUUUAUUGGUAGAGAGUUGAUUUCAGGAAAGGGGUGUUGAAGGAAGUCAAAGAUGGGCGAGAGGCACCUCUUUAUAUAAUGGAGAUAUUUCCAUUACGGCUGAUGUGGUGGGCGUCAUGACUGUUUACUAUCUCAUGUCUGGCAGGUUCUCCCACGGUCAGUUGGAAGCGUGUACUGCUUCUUAUAACGAGUUCGCGUAUCCUGCUACAAAAGCGAACUACGUAUUAUGACCUGUACUACACAAGUCAGAUCUUGGGUAUGUCUAGGCAUAUACAUUAUACGCUAGAAGCUCCGUGUAAUGCGUAAGUAUUCGAAUAUGUUGUUAAUUUUACAUCAAAGGGUUGGGAAAUUAACUC